UCACAAUUGUCAGAGCAGCAGCUAUAAGUACCGCCAAACUUAUUUGCUGCCGUUUAUUGCCAACAUAAAAAGAAAGCUGAGAAGAACUGCGAAAAGGUCAAUGUGCUGUUUAUUCUGAGAAAUGAAGCGACUUCUGCUUUUCGCCCUGGGAGUGCUGCUCCUCCCUGAACUCGAAGGGGCCAAGCAGCGUAAAGUUCGGUUCCUGCUCGGGAACCUUUUUGGCAAUAACAACCCCCCUCCCGCCACCACACAAGCCCCACCUCGGCCCGCUACACCCCCGGCAGAGCCAGCAUCCUUUUGCCAAGGGGGCUGUCAGGACGGCUGGUAUAGUUACACGGGCCAAUGCUACACCUUUGUCCAGGAGCCAAUGACAUGGGAAGGCGCAGAGAGGGCUUGCCAAAGAGCAGUAGGUGGAGGUCACCUGACCAGUAUUGUAAGUGCUGAACACAACGAAUUCCUCGUGAGCCUAGCCACAUACGCGGGACAUCGAACAGCCCAGUUCUGGACCGGAGGAAGUCAUCAGAAGGGGUCCCCUCUCAAGUGGACAGAUGGUUCCACAGCAAGCUUCAUUCCGGGUGCCCUCAAUCUUAUUGGAAACACAAUCAACAAUCUUUUGAACCUUCGCAUCUGCUUGAAAUUAAAUAUAAAUAUUGGAGGAGGGGGGAACUGGGACGGCUCAGACUGCAGCAAGAGGCUGCCCUUUGUCUGUAGCUACACACCCAAUCUUCUGCCACCCUAGAAGAGGAUGCCAGCCGCUCCAAGACCCCAGCUUUCCUGCCCCCGGAAUGCAGAUCACCAUCCAGUAAUUAUCUGCUCCUCUACAUGCACAGAACACACACAAUCAAGACCUCAUUUAAAAUGCGGCGGUGUUGCUUGCUAAUGUGUUUCAGUUGGAAAGAAUCGUUGUGCCAAGCGCCCCAGAAACUGCCCUCUGCAAACAAAGCCUGGCUCGGUUUGCAUGCUUAACAAGAUCGAUUUGCUAUUUCACCCCGCAGGGAUUUGGAGAAAAUUGAUGAGAAACCUUUAAUUUAAAAUAAUUACAAAUCACUCACAAAAGCAUUACUUAGUCCUCCAUUUAAUGCCCUGGAGUUAUACAUUUUAAAUGCUGAAAUUCUCUCUUCUUAGAGUGUCAGAUAAAUCCAUGAAGAGUUAAUUGAAUGUUAUUGGAUGGAAAAAAAUAUAUAUAAGAAGUUCUGUAGUUUAAUCACUAGUUUGAAGAAAACUCUCACAAGAAACCAUAAAACAAAGCACAAAUCAAACAGAAAAAAAAACACAUGGAUCUAUCACUGAACGCACACAAAAAAUUGUCAACUGCCCAAAUGAAGGCAAACUUGUUAUUAUGGUUUUGUGUAUUAAACGGCUAUGCAUUUUA